GCCUAGCUAAUCCCAGUCCUCUAUGCCGAGUGAAGCACUUGAUCAAAAUGGUGGAGCUUGGCGCUGGCGGCUUCGAUCCAGUUACGUUUUUCAAGCGUCCUCAAGUAAUCCUUCGGCUGAUUUGCCUCCUUUUCGCCAUAGUUGUCUUUGGAUGCAUCUCAGCUGGAAGUUACGACCCUAACGGCACCUGCCUCUUCAACGGGAAAGGCGGGGCCUGUCAUUAUGGCGUCGGCAUUGGUGUUAUUGCUUUUCUUGGGUGCAUUGUGUUCAUUGCCAUUGAUUCUCAAUUUGAGACCUUUAACACACCUGAUACCAAGAAGCAUGUGUUGAUAGCAGAUUUGGGGUUCUCUGGUCUUUGGGCAUUCCUCUGGUUUGUCUGCUUUUGUUACCUGGCGGACAUGUGGAGAAAGACACAAGGCAGCUUUUCUACCACCCAAACAAACAACUGCCAGGCAGCUAUCGCAUUUUCCUUCUUUUCCGUCAUAACUUGGGUUGGCUUGUCAGUGAUGGCACUCUCCAGGCUGCGUCAACACAUCCAAGAAGCUGCUUAUGGAGAUGGGCUGUCUGGGGAUAACAACCCCUAUGCCCCCUUCCCACCUAACAACUCAGAACCUGUGGAUCCCUACCAAUCACGACCAUUCUCUGAAGAGACGCAAGAUGAGACAGCUGGCUCGGAUUUUAAAGCACCUUCUUAUUAGGGGCAUUGAAGUGGGGUUAACCGUUUGAAGUAAGCUAUAUGGACUUUUUAUUAAAGGUUUCUUGUAGUUUAGUUGUUAAACUAGGUUUUUUCCAUGGAAUUGUUUCAAGUAAUGAUAAAGUGAAGCAGUGUUCAGAAUUUGAUAAAAAGAAACCAAAACAGACUCACAUAAACUAAAUACUUGUUUUUGUUAUUAUAAGGUUGUGCAGUGAUCGUUAAUGAAUGCAGCAUUGUGAAAACGCUAGUGAAAUAUCACUCACUGAUUCAAAUAUUUUGUUUUAUAAAUGGGUGUCACCUGGACAUAACAAAAUUCGUUCUGCAUUUUCGCACUUAAGUUAUUAGCACAAAAAUAUUGGUGCAUUUAGUGAGGCCAUUCUUACUAACCAGUACUAUCAUAUCAGGCAACAAGUGAGGGACUGGAAUCGAGGGCUUAACGACGUCACGUCUUGCCUAGAGAUCUCUCGGACUUUGUUUUCAUAGUACGUACAUUUGAGAUUAAAAAUCCUUCACUUUAAAAGGCGUGAUUUCUGCAUUUAAUCUCUAAGAUUUUUGUUCGUUUCAUUGAAUAAGAAAAUGUUUGAACAAAAAUUGGAUUUUAAUUGUGGAUUUGUAUUUAGGAUCGUGUUUAAAGUACCGAAUAUGAGAAGUAUUUGUUUGUAAUGUUUUUGUAGUACAAAAUAUCGGAUCAUAGCUCUACGGUUAGAUAGACAAUCUUUGGUUGUAUGUAAUAUACUUUAUUUCAUCAUAGAAAUGGGGUAUAAUUUUUUUUAUCUUAUACCAUUAACUUUAAAUUCUAGGCUUGAGCUGUAAAUGUUUAGGUGAUUAAUUGAAUGGAGCUUUGCAUUCAGUGUAAUAAGCAAAUUGAUCCCGCAUUUAUCAUGGAAAUAAUAUACCUUGUGUGUUUUGAGAAAGGCAGCAAAAUGUCCAUUGUUUACAAUUAAAUUUGGUAGGUUACUGAUAUCGUUAAAGAGUAGUAGUAUAUAUUAAGUCCUAGUGUUUAACGGCCUUUUUGUCGUAUUUUUUUGUAAAAUUGUGUAUUUAACGGAAAUAAAUAAGUGUAAAUGGGA